ACUAUGUAUACUCAAUGUUAUCAGGGAGACUUUCUUUCCUCUGACACGAAAAGUUCAAUUAUUAUUAUUUUUUUCACACGGGACACAGGCCUAUGAUUCCCCUCUGGCAGUAAACUCUGCUAGGUAGUGCACACUAAUUCUCCUUUUUUGACUCAGUAUAUAAUGUUUUCCGCCCAAGAUUGGUUCCAGGCGCUAGAGGGAUGUAUCGUAUAGGAUUGAUGACACAAAUUAAAGUUCUAGCACGUAAGAGCGACCGUGAAAACACCAGAAAACCCGGAGCACAACGAGGCACGCUGACACUCUGUCACGCUGACUCCCGAAGGUAGUACAGUUGUUUGGCUUUCUUUAUUAAUUUGGUGAGAACUGUUGAAUAUUGUUUAAGAAUAUCUUUGUGUAUUAAGCCCUGUCUAUAUUGCUUUUCAUAUCGGUGUUUCUUAUCAAUGGAUUUCAGAAUGCUGCUGGUUAGCCAUGGGCAACCAAGCCGUUUAUUCCUGGACCUGGAGUUUACCUGGAGAGAGUUCCGGGGGUCAACGCCCCCGCGGCCCGGUCUGUGACCAGGCCUCCUGGUGGAUCAGAGCCUGAUCAACCAGGCUGUUGCUGCUGGCUGCACGCAAACCAACGUACGAGCCACAGCCCGGCUGAUCAGGAACUGACUUUAGGUGCUUGUCCAGUGCCAGCUUGAAGACUGCCAGGGGUCUGUUGGUAAUCCCCCUUAUGUGUGCUGGGAGGCAGUUGAACAGUCUCGGGCCCCUGACACUUAUUGUAUGGUCUCUUAACGUGCUAGUGACACCCCUGCUUUUCAUUGGGGGUGAUCUGUUUCGUUUUUAUAGGACAAUGUUUGUUGUAUAGUCUAAGUAUUUUGUUAAGAAAAAUGUCUGUCCAAUCGUCAAUAACAUUGGCAUUGGAGAAUUCUGUAGGCCAGUCAAGUCUCUAGGUCUGCUGUGAAAUUCCUUAUUGAGGCCUCGUCAUGGAGUCUAAAUGAAACUUUGUUGUAUUCGAGUGGUGGGUUGGGUAGUGGUCAGUAGCGCUGUCUGUGAUUAUCCCAUAUGUGGUCUAUUAUGGUUGCACUUGUCUCAGUCAGCCUGGUUGGUUUAGUUAUUGUUGGUAUGAGAAGUGCGUUGUUCAUGUUGUUGAUGAAAUCAGUUACAGUCUGAUCAUCUGGUAGGCCAAUGUUGAUAUUGAAGUGUUUGUUCAUUUGUCUGUUUGUUAUUAGUGACUUUAGAUUCUCACUGAAGUUUGGGAUGUUUGGUCAUAGUUAUAACCAUUUUAUACACCUAUACAUUUAUAUACAGACCUGUACACCUCUCAAUGCAUAUAUCCAGUGCAAAUAUAUAUAAAAAAUCGGCAUAAUUAUAUCUUAUAUUUCAUCUGAUACUUAGUAUUCUCUACACUUUUUUUUCUACUUAAAAGACACAUUUGUUUCUUUCUAACUUUACUAUAAUUUCACAAGAAAUGUAAGUGAAUUAAAACUAUAUUUAAAACUAGCCACUUUGGUGGCAAAAUUACUAAAAAAAAAAAUUUCUUGAUCACUGGUCUUGCGUUUUCCGUGGAUGUUGCCCACACUUCAGUGUUCCAGGAAACAAAAGAUACAUAGCACUUUAAUAAUUUAAAAAGACUAUAUAAAGUAGUUUAUGCUAAAAUACAUAUUAAGCAAUAAGCUCAAUAAUGUAAAUUAGUCUUUGUCUGAUUUUUUGGGUUAUCCUAGGUAAUUUACACUAUGAUAACUGAACUUGUGUACCUUAAAAUGUCCAAUAUUAGGUAAACUAGGUGGGUUUAUUGGUGCCUGUGAUAUUUGUAAGAUAUAAAUUGUGUUACAACUAUAUUUUAUACCAGGCUGUGGGUUCUCUUGUGUUACUGACCAGCGUUUAUUACAAUUGUGUUUGAAAGGAAAUAUAUCUAAACUUUUUUAUUGCUCACAGGUGAAGCAAUGGCUCGUGGGUCACAAAUAGAGGUGUCAUCUGCUGUCCUCAAGAGUGGCCAGGUCUCCACUCCUUCCCUGGACGACCAUGAAGACGCUAUAGUUGUGUUCGACACUGUGGUAGAGUACCUGCCAUGCAAGACCAGAACCCGCACUGCUCUCAACGCUGAAGCUCACGUUGAAGACCUCAAAAAACCGUUGUUUGAAUCAAAAGAUCAUCUGGUUUCUGAAGCUAGACCAUUCGGUACUCAAACCUCGAGUAUCCUUCGCCAUCAUGAACCGAUGGAUAUUGUCCACAGUUACCACAUGACUGUGGAACUAGAGUCUCCUGAGAGCAAGAGUGGACUGCCUCAGGGUAGCUACAUUGUACCUGACCAACUAGAUCAGGAAUCUCCCAUAAUUUGCAUGCUCCGCACUUUUCGGUGCAUCAAAGUAGACGAAGAUCUACCAGAGAGAGACAUGCGGUUCCUUCCCUUGGAGGUCCACCGAUCACAGCGUCUAAGACAAGGCUCCAGCAGGCAGCAUUCUUUAGGAUAUAUCCCGGUGUCACAUGAAGUUACCAUUGACUACUGACUGCUCCUUCUUACUA